AUGGAUCUCCAUAUGUCUUUGACUGCUACUGUUGCUUCCAUGCUUAAGACUGCAUUUGGGGCCAACCCCAACUUCUCAUCUGGCACUGUUCUCACAAGGGACCACCUCACCAAGCCUAGGGUGACUCUCCCAUCCAAAACAAUUCACCUCUCACUCCUUGCAGGUGUGGUUGAUUGGGAUGUGGAUCAGUUUGUGGAUCCUUUGCCCACUGCCAAGGACAAGUUUAUCUAUUUUGAACACCCCAACAUUGGCUCUCUGGAUGCUCCAGCCACAGUUCUUGAUAGGCAUGGCAGGCUCCUGGUAUGGUAUUUGCCAGGAAUCAUCCAUGGUGCAAGGAUUCAACUUCUCAAUGAACUUCACCUCUCCAUCAAGGACUCCCUCAGGUCAAAGUCCAAGCACAAGCCCAAGGACCUGUCCAAGGUUAACAAAUGUUAUGGUCAUCAACAUCAACCUGUGGACUCUCCCACCUAUGGCCAUGGCAGGAUCUCCAUGUUUCCAGCCACCUUCAUGCAGGCUCACCAUGUUGGCUACUCCCUCUCAUCUGUUAAACUGUCACUGAGAUCCCUGCAGAGGCUUGUGGACAAUCUGCACCAAAGUGCUUCCCUCAAGAGGAAAGCUACAAGAAAAUGGCUCCAGCAGAUUGCCCAUGUUGAAAAGUUCUGGAGUGACAUUAUAAUGGUCACUUUGCCUGACCUUGCCAGGGCUGGCUCAGAAGUUGUCUUUGACCAUAGAGAUAUCCCCCCAUCCUGCACACAGCUGCAAAUGCACAGCACUUGUGAUACCUCUCUCCCCUUUCCCCUCUCCUGCAACACCUUCUCCUCACUUGGAGUUGGGCAUCCUCCCCAGUGCAAACUCACUCCCAACUCCCACAUCACCAAAACACAUCCCAGCAAUCAGGAGGAUCCAAGCUUUCUAGGAAGGGGUACUGUUUGUUACCUUGCUUGCUACAAUGGGGAAUACUAUGUCAUCAAGGAUUAUUGGGUGGAGGAGUCAGAGCAGAGGACAGCCCUGCAUGAAGUCAACAUGAUGAAGCUGGUCCAGGACAUUGAUGGAGUUCCCAAGUUGCAACACUACUGGGUCAUUGAGGUCAAGCUGGGCAUUCAGGCUCUCGAGAGGGGUGUCCUCCAUCAAGAUUGUAGCAUCAACAAUACAAUGAUCAAGGACUUUGCAAAUGGGUUGCACAACUUUCUCCUUGACUGGGAAUUUGCUGUAUGGGUCAUGUUACAGGGGGAAUAUGACUUGGGCAGCACAGAAGCCAUCACUAAAAGUGGAAAGACUAAUGUCCCAUUGAUCCAGAAAAAUGAUAUUGAAUCCCUGUUCUAUGUUUUCAUCUGGAUCCUCAUCCUUUAUGAUGGGCCACUUGGCCACAAGCAUCAAGAUAUCAGCCAUGAAAAGACACUUCUUGGCCUGUGGAGUGAAAAGGGAGCUGAAGAUCUCGAAAUCACCAGAUGCACCAAGUUCACAUUCCUUAAUGACCCAUCCAAAUUGAGGCUGGAUUCCAAGGUCUUGCAAUAUUUUCAAGAUCUAAUCCCUCUGGCUAAUGAGUGGCACAUAUUGCUUGGGCAGUCCCUGCUGAGUGGAACUGCAGUGCAGCUCUCUGACAUUAUCUCCCUUUUUGAUCAUUUCUUGGCCAGCAUGCCAUAUGAGAAACCACCAGAGAUGAUGAAUGCAUUCCAGCAGAUCAUCACCCAGCACAAAGUGCUUAAUUCAAGCAUGUGUCUGAGUCAGAAGAAUGAUAUGGAUGUUAUGUCUUCAGCAAUUAUGUCUUCUAAAUGCCUUUGUGAAGAGAUGUCCACCCAAUCUGGAACAAUCCCACUGAAAAAGAAGGAUAGCAAAAAAGCCAAACAACAACCAGAGGCCAACAGAAGCACUCGACCCACAAAAAACAAGUGUCUAGGAAGCCCACCCAUUGAUCUCAAAGAGUCUCAGUCUGUUGCCACAGUGGGACUCUGUCAUAGUGGAAGGGCAGGGAAAAAGGGUGGGGGCCACAGUGCUGGCCAGAAUGCAAAACCAAAGUCCAAUGUCACUCCACCACCCUACGCACCUCCCAUUGUGAAUGGUCCUAGCCCAGCUGAUAUGCCUCCAAAUCCCAUCCCUCAGUCUUCAACAGCAGUAGCAACACCUGUCUUCCAUCAGUGCCCCACAGACUCCCAUUGCUUUGGUUUCAGUGUUCUGGCUCAACAGCCAGGUCAUAUUGUGCCUCCCAGGAUGGAACCUGACCUUCAAGUGCUCAAUAAUCCUUAUAUUUCUGUGAUUCAGGGAGACCAAGUUCCCAGUAAUACAUCUCAUCUGCCAACACCCCAGCCCAACUACCAGUCUCAGUUUAUCCCCCACCAGCUGCCUGCUACCAUCCCCAACUCCUGUAUCAACCCCUCCCUUGAUAGCUCGCUCUCAUCAAGACAAACUUCAGCAACUGCUGAUGUUUGCCACAAGAGUUCAGAGAAGCUGUCAUCAGAGGGCUCCUCAGAAGAGGAAUCAGAGUCCUUGAGUAAUAACCCAUCAGACACAGAGGCUGGUGAGGUCUCUGGCAAUGAGUUCAACAAAGAUGAGGAUGAUGCAUUUGGAUGGGGUGCAAUGAAUCUUAGGCAAUCAACUCAUCCUGGCUUCUCCCAAGAAACAAUGACAAGCAAUCCUAUUCACCACAAUUCCUUACCCCCUGACCACGAGUUUCAGUACUCACAUGACAAGCAUGACAAUGUGGCUCUGCAAAGCUUACAAUCCAAGGACAAGGCUCAGCCAGAGGGUUCCCAAUGUGGCACUGUUGUUGACGUUCUUGAAUGCCACCAUUGCACUAAUGGCUGUCCUGUUCCUGAUCGUGAUCUUCUGACCCUUGCACAUGACUUGGUCAAUGAAGUAUCUCAGUAUGCCAGAGCCCCUUGUAACUCCAAGAAAGCUAAGGAUGAGGGCCCAUUGCCUUCACAACUGAGAUUUUACAAGGCAGUAUGGAAGGACUGUCUCAAAGACACUAAGCAAAAAUGCAGGGCUGCACAUGCACUUUCUAACCCAUUCCCAUCAAAAUCUCAUGACCUCAACCUCUCCAUAACAGAGGCACUCGUCACUGUCAUCGUUGAGUGGAAUCAACAUGGUGUGCAAUUUGAAGAUGGUUACUGGCCUGACCACAAGCAAGAUAUGGCAUGCCUUCUCCUUGGUGAUAUAUCUACCUGGUGUUCAGAAUUGAAGUCGGUUACACUGGCAACCACGCCAUCUGCAUUCAACCUUAUCCCUCCUUCUGAUGUUGCACCAUGGGUUCAUGUACAAUGGAUAGAGACUGCUGCCGCAAAGCUCCUUGACAACUUGCUUCUCCUGCAAGACAGUUUCAACAAGAAUGGAAAAACCAGGAAUUUUGCUCGCUCUGCCCUCAAGGAAGCUGUCAUACAAUUCUACUAUACUGGGACCUAUCAAAUCACAGACAAGUGUCCUGAGUCCUUCAACAAUUCAGUUCCCCUUUCCUGUCUGGCUCUCAUUGCAGCUGCGCUUGUUGCACUACUGAGGUAUUAUACUUACUGA